GUACGAUUAAUGGAAAAAGAAAAACAAACAUCUCUUUUACAUAAACGAUUGUUUAUACGUAAUUUGUUAUUUAUUGAGUUACCAUCUUGGCCUAUGUGAAAUAAUUAAUGAAUAUCCUUGAAUCUGUUUUUUUAACAUGCGGUGGAUUACAAUUAACCAUAACCUAAAACGCAAAUCCACGUGAGUAUAAUAUCAAUCGGCACAUGCUGUACUGAUUUUUAAAGCCCAAAAAUGGCAGGGCGUACCUCCCUGAAGCAUAAAAUCAAAUCGCUAUUGAGAGUAACAAGUACAAGCAUUGCACUAUUUGGUGGAAUAUGUCUCUACCAAGGCAACGAAAAGUUUUACGAAGAAGUAGCGAUGCCAUUAGUACGUCUGAUAGAUCCAGAAGUGGCUCACAAGGUUGCCGUUACUGCCGUCAAGUAUGGUCUAAUAUCUUCCCAAAAAUUUGAAGAUCCAACAUGUUUAAAAACGUCUCUGUGGAACUUGACAUUCAAAAACCCAGUAGGAAUAGCUGCUGGAUUUGACAAGCAGGGAGAAGCAGUCCAAGGAUUACAUAAAAUAGGAUUUAGUUUUGUAGAAAUAGGAUCAGUUACACCAAAUCCUCAACCUGGCAAUCCAAAGCCAAGAGUGUUCCGUUUAUCAAGCGACAAUGCCAUCAUAAAUCGAUAUGGUUUUAAUAGCGAUGGGCAUGAUUCCGUGUACGAGCGCUUAAAGAGCGUGAAAAACGAUGCUGAUUUCUCCGGAAUUAUUGGAGUUAAUCUAGGAAAAAAUAAGACAUCCAACGACCCCGUUCAAGAUUACAUUGAUGGGAUAAAGAAGUUCCACGAUGUAGCAAACUAUUUUGUGAUAAACGUGUCUAGUCCUAACACACCUGGCCUGCGCAAUUUACAAGCGAAAGAGAAUUUACAAGAUCUGUUAAGAAAAUUAAAUGAAACCAGGCAAGUCUUUGGGAUAAAUAAACCUUUGCUAUUGAAGCUAGCUCCUGACUUGUCUGAAACAGAGCGACAAGAUAUCGUAAAUGUUAUACAAAAUCCAAAAUCCAAGGUUGACGGUUUGGUGAUAUCGAACACUACCAUUAGUAGAAUGAAUUUAAUGGAUGCUAAGAAAGAAGAAAGUGGCGGACUUAGUGGAGCUCCCUUAACAGAUUUAUCGACGAAGAUGAUAUCAGAUAUGUACAGACGAACAGGAGGCAAUAUUCCCAUUAUCGGUGUUGGUGGUGUGUUCACCGGAGCAGAUGCUUACGACAAAAUUAAAGCUGGAGCAUCUUUGGUCCAAAUAUACACAUCGUAUAUUUAUCACGGCCCCCCAGUCAUUAACAGGAUCAAAAGAGAGUUAACUGAUUUAUUAAAAACGGAUGGCUUCAAUUCCGUCGCAGAUGCUGUUGGAAGAAACUCGAAAUCUUAGAAGAAAUUCGUUUUUACUACUUUCAUCCGAUGAAUAUAAAAAUGAAGAAAAAUUGUAUUAUAUGUUAAACAAUCUGUUUGUUAAUAAAAAGGAGUGCGUUUUGUAGUUA